CCUGCUCCAUGGCCUGCUCAUCCGAACAGCUGAUCCGUGUUUGGUAUCCCCAGGUAGUGUGGCCAGCCCAUCCCACAAAACAGCUGAUUUCCCAGUCGUUACAUCAAAACAAAAUGUGUGCGGCUAUUCUUCGGAGUUCGAAACUGCUAAAUUUAAGGUCCCUAGCGCCUAUAGCCCGCCUCCAAAGCCUGCACACAAGCUCCGCGCUCUGCAAUUGGCGAAAUGUGCCCUCCGGCGAUGUAGAGCGGAAGCUUUUAUACGGCGACAGACUGGCGGAUAACUACAAACUGAUCUACCGGGCCCCCAUUGAGAGCUAUGUGACCUGGACCAAGAAUAUAUCCACGGCCACAACCUCGAUUUUGGGUCUGGUGGCCGCCUAUCAUUGGGCAACCACCUGGCAGGUGGUCAACGUGGUUCAGAAGAUGGACAUAGCCAUACUGGUGUCCCAGGAAUCGGAUUUGUACUACUUCCUGGGGGGCUUUGUGCUCAUCAACCUGGCCAUACGCGCAUUUGUGGCCAAGUACCCGCUGAGGAUUUACAAGAGUCCCGAGAAGUACGUGGCUGUAUACGGCUCCCAACUGCCCGUGGGCACAGUAAAGCACUACUUUGAAAAGGGACAAAUCUCUGAAUACAAAAACUUCCUGAAUCCUUGGAGCCAUAUUAUGUACAAACUGGGCAAUCGCUCCUCCAUGCUGCUGGUUGACUACUUCAAGACGCCCUCGGAGUUCCACCAGCUGUUCGCGGCUAAAUAACAGACGUUGUCAUGACGUCAUGUUGUAAAUUGUUGAUAAAAUAAACAUUUUUAAAACCA